AGAACACAGGAUAACAUCUUUAAUUCUGUGCUUUCACUUUGCAGGGGAAAGGAGGACGAGGCAGGCAAAGGGUUAACAGGAAAGAGUGAAUACUCCUAGAGAGUCGUAUGGAUGGGUGGUGCUGCUCACUGCAAAAUUUGUCCUCUGAACCCUGGCGGCCCCUCCAGGAGCCUUUGUUCCCCCCAGUUGUUGCAGCAGCAGCUCCUUGGUGCAAGGACCUGGAAGAAGCCUCAUUUGCCAGCUAGAAUAAUCCAGGUUUGCUUGUAAAAUUCCUUCCAGUGCAUUGCAGGAUGUAAUUCUGCGGAGAGAAGAAUCUGUUUCCAUUACACGACUUAAUAGUCCCACAUGUCUGGGCAGCCCUUCCUUUAAGAGAGAAAUUGGCCAAAGAGCAAGGAGAUCUUUGGGUAUUUCUGGAAGCUUCCUUGGAGCAAAGAUGGAAGAGGAAAAUGCAGCUGGCCUCAGAGUAGUUAGAGGCCAUGAGGCUGGAAACAGUGGAGAAUUCUGGGGGGAAGAGCAGAAGAGGCUGAGAGAGGAUGCCACCUGUUCAGAUACACAGCAUCAGUGCUUCAGGAAGUUCUACUUCCAGAAGGCUGAGGGGCCCCGAGAGGUUUGCAGCCGACUCCACAGCCUUUGCCACCAGUGGCUGAAGCCAGAGAGACACACGAAAGCUCAGAUCUUGGACCUGGUGAUCCUGGAGCAGUUCCUGGACCUCCUUCCCCCAGAGCUGGAGAGCUGGAUCAGAGAAUGUGGAGCAGAGACCAGUUGCCAGGCAGUGGCCCUGGCAGAAGGUUUCCUCCUGAGCCAGGCAGAGGAGAAGAAGCAAGAAGAAGAGCAGGAACUGAGGCCUUCAGCAGCAGGCACUGAUUUCUCUGAGGUGGAGAAGGCUCUAUCGGAUCCCAGGCGGGAACGGCUAUUCAGGAGAAAUGUGCAAGAGGGGGUUGGAGGGCCCACCUUGAUGGGUGGCGGAAUCACAGUGACUCUCCCUUCCGGGCCUUCUCCUCUUUGUGGAAGAGCAGAGACCGCCUCUGUGCAACUGGAUCAGUAUCCAGUGACCUUAGAGGAGGUAUAUGUGAAUUUCUCAGAGGAGGAGUGGGCUCUGCUGGAUCCAGACCAAAGGGCUCUCCACAGAGAUGUCAUGGAAGAAACCUGUGGGCACCUGGCCUCUCUGGGUGGUGGAGGGGAGACCAAGAGAGAAUUUGAACAGCGGAGAAGAAAAACAGAAGCAAACUAUCAGAGCUUGAGGAAAUCUUCUGCUGAGUGUUCUGACUUCCAUGGAAUUUCAGUCCAAAAAGAGAAUUGUAACGGAAACAGAAGGAAUCAAUACCCUUCAUAUGCAAAAGAUUUAACCAGUAAGUCACGCUUUAACAAUAAUCAAAGAGUUUAUAUGGGUGAGAAAAAAUAUGGCUGCUCAGCGUGCGGCAAAAGCUUCAGCCGCAGAUGGAACCUUCUUUCUCAUCAAAGAAUCCACACAGGGGGGAAACUAUAUAAAUGCUCAGAAUGUGGAAAGAGCUUCAGAAAUAGCUCACUUCUUACUUCCCAUCAAAGAAUCCAUACAGGAGAGAAACCAUAUACAUGUUCAGACUGUGGCAAGAGCUUCAGCCAGAACUCGACCCUUACUUCCCAUCAAAGAAUUCACACAGGGGAGAAACCAUUUCAGUGCUCAAAAUGUGGGAAGAACUUCAGGAAUAGCUCAGAUCUUACUUCCCAUCAAAGAAUUCACAAAAGAGAGAAACCAUAUCAGUGUUCAGAGUGUGGAAAGAACUUCAGCCACAAUUUGAGCCUUACUUCCCAUCAAAGAAUCCACAAAGGAGAGAAACCAUAUGAAUGCUCAGACUGUGGAAAGAGCUUCCGCCAGAGCUCAGGCCUUAUUUCCCAUCAAAGAAUCCACACAGGAGAAAAACCAUAUAAAUGCUCAGAGUGUGGAAAGAGCUUCAGGAAUAGCUCACAUCUUACUUCCCAUCAAAAAAUCCACACAGGAGAAAAACUAUAUAAAUGCUCAGAAUGUGGAAAGAGCUUCAGGAAUAGGUCACAUCUUACUUGCCAUCAAAUAAUCCACACAGGAGAGAAACCAUAUACAUGCUCAGAGUGUGGAAAGAGCUUCAGCUUGAGGUCAAAUCUUGCUGUGCAUCAAAGAAUCCAUACAGGGGAAAAACCAUAUAAAUGCUCAGAAUGUGGAAAGAGCUUCAGCUAUAGCUCAAACCUUACUUACCAUCAAAGAAUCCACACAGGAGAGAAACCAUAUGCAUGCUCAGAGUGUGGAAAGAGCUUCAGCCGUAGCACAAGCCUCUCUUCCCAUCAAAGAAUUCACACAGGAGAGAAACCAUAUGCAUGCUCAGAGUGUGGAAAGAGCUUCAGCCGUAGCACAAGCCUCUCUUCCCAUCAAAGAAUCCACACAUAUCAAUGCACGGAAGGUGAUAAGAAGUUCAGCAAUAGUGGACACCUUACUAGCCAUCAGAGAAUUCACACAGGAGAGAAACCAUAUGUAUGCUCAGAGUGUGGGAAAAGCUUCAGUCAGAACGCGACCCUUAUUUGCCAUCAAAGAAUUCACACAGGGGAAAAACCAUAUCAGUGCUCAAACUGUGGAAAGAGCUUCAUUGACCAGAAAAGACUUGCUUCCCAUCAAAGAAUCCACACAGGAGAAAAACCAUAUAAAUGCACAGAAUGUGAAAUGAGCUUCAGGCAUAGCUCACAUCUCACUUCCCAUCGAAUAACCCACACAGGAGAGACACCAUAUAAAUGCUCAGAAUGUGGAAAGAGCUUCAGCUUCAGGUCAAAUCUUGUUUCCCAUCAAAGAAUCCACACAGGGGAAAAACCAUUUAAAUGCUCAGAAUGUGAUAAGGGCUUUAGGCAUAGAUCAUACCUUACUGCCCAUCAAAGAAUCCACACAGGAGAGAAACCAUAUGUGUGCUCAGAGUGUGGAAAGAGCUUCAACCAUAGCUCUAGUCUCUGUUCCCAUCGAAGAGUUCAUACAGGAGAAAAACCAUAUAUAUGUUCAGAGUGUGGAAAGAGCUUCAGCAAAGGUUCAAGCCUCACUUCCCAUCAGAGAAUCCACACAGGAGAGACACCAUAUAAAUGCUCAGCAUGUGGAAAGAGCUUCAGAGUGAGGUCAAGCCUUGUUUCCCAUCAAAUAAUCCACACAGGAAAGAAACCAUAUACAUGCUCAGUGUGUGGAAAGAGUUUCAACCAUGGCUCAAGCCUCUCUUCCCAUCAAAGAAUCCACACAGGGGAGAAACCGUACUAAAGUUCUAAUGCAGAAAGUGGUUCACCAAGAGUUGGAGCAUUACAUCCUAUCCAAGAAUCCACAGGGAGGGGGGACCAUGUUGAGUAUAGUAAGAGCUUAAGUCUCAGGUCAAACUUCUAUAAAUUUGUAUUUAGGUACACAAAUAUACUAAAUAUACAAAUAGAAGAUGAUAAGUUUUUUAUUAACAUCAAAGAAACCACACACAAGAAGGACCAGUUGUUCCUCGGCACUCCUUGGACAGUGGUUUAUCUCUCUUCUCAGAGCAGUAAAGGCACAGCAUUCAUUUUAAGUUAGGAAAGACAUUUACCUGUAAAACCCUUCCCAGACCCUUCCAAGGAGCCCCUGGUGGCGCAGUGGUAAAACUGCCGCCCUGUAACCAGAAGGUUACAAGUUCGAUCCUGACCAGGGGCUCAAGGUUGACUCAGCCUUCCAUCCUUCCGAGGUCGGUAAAAUGAGUACCCAGAAUGUUGGGGGGCAAUAUGCUAAAUCAUUGUAAACCACUUAGAGAGCUUCCAGCUAUAGAGCGGUAUAUAAAUGUAAGUGCUAUUGCUAAGACAAAAGUGGGAUUGUACCUGCUAUUCAGUCAUGGGAGCAGCGGUGCACCUAGGUAAUUUUGGAGCCUGGACCUAAAGGCCUUUUGGGCACCCCUAUCACCGCCGGGCAGGCAGGAGGAGCAGACCCAGCCGCAGCGCCCUCCCCACAACAGGAAAUUGGGCAGACAGAGCAGGUCUGGUUGCACCUGGCCUUCAGAGCCCCACCCCAUCCCCAUGACAGGAAAUCAGGCAGACGGAGCAGUCCCCCCCCCCGCCCCGUGACACAAGAUCAGGCGGAUGGAGCAGGUCCGGCCGCACCUGGCCCUCAAAGCCCCACCCCACCCCAGAUAGGAGAUUGGGCAGGUGGAGCAGGCCUGGCUGCACCCGGACCUUAGCAUGCCUUCCCCCGCAACAGAUCAGGUGGGUGGGCCGCACAGGCUGCAAGCCAACAUGAUCGGGGGUGGGUGGACAGGCCGCUGCAGGGCGUGUGAUGGUGCAGUGCAGGCCAGUGGCACAGCCACUACUUGCAGGACACUGAGGUGGGUGGAGGGUGGAGAACCGGACUUUGGACCAGAAGUCCAGUCCAAAGAGUGCCACUGCCUGGCCGCCAUUGCUCUGUCUUAAUGACACCUCUUUGUAGCAAUAGCAAUAGCACUUACAUUUAUAUACCACUUUAUAGCCGGAGCUCUCUAAGCGGUUUACAAUGAUUUAGCAUAUUGCCCCCAACAUUCUGGGUACUCACGUCCUUCCCAUUCUUCCAGUGCAUGUGCGGUACGCAGUGCUGGUUUGAUUUCUGUUCAAAGAGAAGCGAGUCCCUGAAUUUGUGUGCGGGGUGGUUCGCCUGUAAGCACUGUUCUGUCAAGGGAUGGGUGGUACAGAGGAGUUGCGGCAACAUGCUCAAGUAGAGCUGGGUAGGGUCAGGAAGCCACGGGCAGUGUGGUGGAAUGGGCAGCACGCUUGACUUAGAUGGGGAAGAAUCAGGUUCAAGCCCUCCUCAGCCACAGUGUUAGCAGAGUAGGGACCUUGAGACUGACUAGCUGCUUCACCUACCUCUCAGGGUUGUUGUUACUGUAACACUGAAUGGAGAAUCUAUCCUAUUCGGUGCUGCUUGUGUGGAAUAAAAAAAUAAAAUGAA